UAGAGUAAGAGUUGAGUUAUACAUUGGCUUAGGGGUGGACACGAUAACACAUAACUAGAGCGGUAGGUUGAACAAUUUGUUCUAUGUAAAAUACUAAGACAAUAACAGUACAAUAACGUCUCGAUCUAUUCAAUAAUAACAAAGUACCAGGGCAGUAAACUGAAAACAUUGCUCUGAGCAAUUCUAUUUGGCUAACAAAAAAUUGGUUUCUUUCAAUAAUACUGUUGCUUACAUAAUGUCAAAAUAAGGAAAUAGUGUUAUUGAAAUUAGAUCAUGGAACUAUACCAAUAAUGUACGAGUGCCGGUAUUUAUAGUUUAUAUAUCCUGAUAGAUAUAUACCUAACUGUCAUGAUAUCUACCUAUCUGCCCAGAUAUUUACCAGUCUGUCCUGAUAUAUCAUCUACCUAUCCGUCCAGAUAUCUACCUAUAUGUCCUGAUAUAUCAUCUGCCUAGCUGUCCUGAUAUCUACCUAUAUGUCCUGAUAUAUCAUUGCCUAGCCGUCCUAAUAUCUACCUAUCUGUCCUGAUAUAUCAUUGCCUAUCCGUCCAGAUAUCUACCUAUCUGUCCUGAUAUCUACCUAUCUGUCCUGAUAUAUCAUCUGCCUAGCUGUCCUGAUAUCUACCUAUCUGUCCUGAUUAUAUAUUACAUAACUUUACCUUCUAUUUCAACCCAUCAACUCCGUGUUGUUUAUUUUUUUUCAUUUUAUUAAUGCAGUCACGACCAAUUGACUUGUCAGAAAUGUCGUCUCAAACUCUGGGUGAGUACAUCUUUAAAGUGAUCAUUGUGGGGGACUCGUCUGUGGGCAAGACGUCUAUGUUACUCAGGUACACGGAUGACUGCUUCAACGAGAGCUUUAUUACAACCAUCGGAGUGGACUUCAGGUAAGGACGCAACAUGUGUGGUAACCUCUAGCAAUACAGGUGUGGUAACCUCUAGCAAUACAGGUGUGGUAACCUCUAGCAAUACAGGUGUGGUAACCUCUAGCAAUACAGGUGUGGUGACCUCUAGCAAUACAGGUGUGGUAACCUCUAGCAAUACAGGUGUGGUAACCUCUAGCAAUACAGAUGUGGUAACCUCUAGCAAUACAGGUGUGGUAACCUCUAGCAAUACAGGUGUGGUAACCUCUAGCAAUACAGGUGUGGUAACCUAUAGCAAUACAAGUGUGGUCAACUCUAGCAAUACAGGUGUGGUAACCAAUAGCAAUACAGGUGUGGUCAACUCUAGCAAUACAGGGGUGGUAACCUCUAGCAAUACAGAUGUGUUAACCUCUAGCAAUACAGGUGUGGUAACCUAUAGCAAUACAGGUGUGGUCAACUCUAGCAAUGUGUUCGUUACAACUAUGCAGGGGAGCUUUGCUAGCCUGGACAGUUGUGGUCAAGUUAUUUAGAUCUAUAUUUUAUUUAUAUCAGACAUAUUGAUAUAAUAUACACAGGAGAACGUUAUUUAUUCACAUCAAUCUUCAAUCAUUCCUCAGAAUCAAAUCCAUUGAGGUCUCAGGAGUGACGGCCAAAAUGCACUUGUGGGAUACGGCCGGCCAAGACAGGUUUAGAAACAUAACCUCCAGCUUCUACAGGGGCGCCGACUGUGUGCUUCUGGUCUAUGACGUCACGGACAUGCACAGUUUCACCAAUCUCAAUACGUGGCUCAACGACGUACAACGAUACGGCACCGAGCACAGCCUCGUGCUGUUGGUCGGCAACAAGCUGGACAUGGCCGGCAGACGGGUGGUCUCAGAGGCCGAGGCUCGUCAGUUCGCCGAGAGUGCCGGCUUGAGGUACGUUGAGACCAGCGCCAAAGAUGCCACCAACAUACAUGACGCGUUCACGUCCGUAGCCCUGGAGUUGGUUGAGCGCAGGAAACAGGACUUGCGACCACAGGCUGCACGUGAUUUCAAUGUAGACUUGACCAACACCAGGGAGAAUUUCCGCGAGGGAUUCUGUUUUGGUGCUAGAACAUGUUCCUCUAUUUAGUACUUGAGGUAGCUACUUGCCAUAUGGACAUCAGAUAUGUGGCACGAUGUACGUGUGUUUUGGACCUAACAAUACAUCAAAGUCAUAUUGUGUUUUAAGUUAUCAAGAACACUGCACUGCACUCUCUCGGGACACCGUGCCCGUCAGAGACAACAUCCUCUCCAGGGUCACUUUAAUCUUUAGGAGCACCUUUGCGACUAAUUUAUCAUUAAAGGACUGAUAGCCCCCCCCCUCCCCUUGUGUUUGUGUGGAUGCUAUGGUGACGUAGACCGGAGUAGCGUAGGCAUAAAAUUUGAGAGACCCUGUCUACACGGUCACAGUAAUCUUUAGUAGCACCUUACUGUCCAGGUACACCGGGCUAUUCAAGCACAUCCAGGGGUCACCAUGCUCCCCAUGGCCUAUGUACUCACUGGGGGAUGAUGCACCCUUUCGGGUUACAGUACUUUGCGUGAGAGUGUCCCAUUUCCAAUGCAACUUCUAAUAUACCAGCUCUUAAUAUCUUGUAUAUGUGCUGAUGCCUAACAUUAUUUAGCAGUGACCCCCUAUAGGACUUGCACUGAUGCAUACUAUUAUAAGAGGUUCACCAUUUGCCCCUCUAUGUAUAACUUAUAAUAAGGCUCGUAGACCGUUCCCAUAACGUUAAUAUAUAAGAGCAAUUAUUCUGUACCGGUGUUUCAAUUUCUUGUUCCUACCAACACAUUCAGCUUUAAUGAUGUUUCACAAUUUUGUGCUCAAAUUUUUAUGUUAUUUAAUGUAAUGAGCUCAACUAUACACUAACUGCUGUUACACUCAAUUGAUUGAUCUCAUGAUAAAUUGCUAUUUUUCAUUGUAUGAUUGGCGUACACAGCAGCACACAUGUUACAACAAGUACGGUAUCAAUAAAG